AUGCAGAGGCUCAGAUAUACCUUGCACAAGGGUCAACGUGGGCGGCCGCUUUUAAUUGCAGGCUCCCCUAAAUAUCACGGGGCUCCAAUCCUUGCAGGGUUGUCGUGUCUUCGGGCAGGGGCAGAUUACUGCUACUUGCUUGUGCGAGGGUCCAAUUCACAAAUUGUUGCUUCAGCCUCUCCAAACUUUAUCGUAUCUAGUUGCUUAGAUACCUGGAAAGAUAUUCAUUAUACUAAUAUACUUAUAGGUCCCGGCUUGGACACAGAGGAGGAGUCUGUUGCGCUAUUCACGGAUGUCAUGUCCACAAAGCCAUCACGGCUCUUACUGGAUGCAGAUGCUAUUCGUAUAGUUUGCAUGCUUCUUAAGCAACAGGAUGUUGUCACAAGCGGCUUACUCAAUCAGCUCAGUGCAGCACAAUCAAUAAUCACCCCCAACUAUGCUGAGUUUAAGCACCUCUAUCAUAGCGUCUUUAAUUCGUAUCCUUCACAGUAUGAGAAGACAAUAAGUGUAUUAGGGAAAAGCCUUACAUCCAAUUGGUCGGGGAUUGCACUGGGGUUCAUAGCUUUAAAAGGCUUGGUCAAAAGAGGGAGAAAGUACUACAAUGCACUCACAAAUGAGCCUACGCAAUUAUCCAAAAAGUUGGGAGUUGUUAUCUUGAUCAAGGGUGUGGUGGACGUAGUGGUUUCUCCGAAUCCGUGCGAUGCUGCACGUGUAGUCACAGAGAGGGGACAACCAAAACGGUCUGCAGGCCAGGGAGAUAUCCUUGCAGGCAUCCUAGCUGCUCUUCUGGCUAGGUCUGUCGAUGAGUCUGCUCUAUCUAUAUGUGAGAGGGCUGCAAUCCUAACCAGAAGGGCAUCCAGAGCCGCAUACAAGCAUUAUGGGGAAAGUAUGGUCGCAUCCGAUGUUAUCGCAUACAUUAAUAUGAGUGAUCGCAAUACUAUAGGUAUCCUGGUCGAUACAUUUCAUGUUCUGGGGACUUCUGGGAUCCUGGCUAUCUGCUUGGCCUGUUUAUUUACUGCUUUGUUAUAUGCCCAUGUUUAG